AUGGCCAAGCAAAAAGUUGGAAAAACCUACAAAACCUCGAAGUUUUCUUCUACGAAAGGAUUUGACAGAAACCAACCUACAUUAAGCAGAAUUGUUAACCGUUUAAACGAUGCAGUUAGAAAUACAGGUCCAGUUGUCGAGAAUGUCAAUGUCACAAUUCAGGAACAAAGCGAAGAUCUAGUCCAAGAACCAGUCAAUGUUUUGAAUGAGGAUUUAGUUGAGGAUCUAGUUGAAGAUCCAGUGGAAAAUUCAGUUGAGGAGGAAAUGAAUGAUGUAUUACCCGAAAAUAGUGUUCUGACCGAGUAUUUUGAGAACCUUCAAAUUCGUUUAACAAACGAAGGAUAUCCUUCUGAGUACAACAACGGUACGUUUUGGAUAGAGCCCAUGAUGACCUUUUUCGCUCUUCAAUCGAAAAAGGAAAUCAACUAUCUAUAUAGACCACGAGUAUUUCUUUGGAUUCCCCAUCUUUUACUCAACAAAGGUUUGGGACGACUGAGAUGUACUAAAAACAAUUGCAACAAGAAGCUUGAGACAAAAGGCUACAAUAAAAAGCCUCACGCUCGAAGAAUUGUGGAUAUGUUCAGAUGCUGUGACUCAAAAUGUGGUGCUUCGUAUAAUGCACAUGAUCCAGAAAUCAUUGAACAGCUUCCUCUUGAAUUGCAAGUCGAGUUUCCCGCCGUUCUUUCUCACAGAGGAGGUAUAUCAAAAGUAAUUGCCGAUCUUCUGAGACCCUGUAUUCAAAACUCUGUUGGUCCAGAGAGAUUUCAAAAGAUACUUCGUGAGCUUCACGUACUUCAUCAUGAUAGAAUUGAACUUCAAUAUUUGCUUUCUGAGUACAAGAAAAGAAACGGAAUCUCUCAAUAUUUUGCGACUUCACCCCCCGAGAGAUUUUCUUCAUUCAAUGAUCAAAAAAAAUAUGCUGGAUUUGUACCCACUGGAACCUACACAACCAGGUCGAAAUUUAUUUAUAUAAAAAAUUGGCCCACAAAAUCAGAAACCGGCAAAAAGCGCCUGUUUGCCCCUCGGGGCUACGCAGGCCGACCAGACAGGCUAUUCAGCCUUGACAGACAGGGCAGACCACGUAGCCCAGACAGGCCACGUAUGACACGUAUAGCAGACAGUGAAUUCAAGCUAGAAAACCCACGCAAAACUGAUUCUGUUUGA